UUUUACAAGCAAUUGAGUAAAGAGGGAGAAAAGUUUGGAUAUCUCGUGAACGGGUCAAAGAGCUGGCUGAUUGUUAAGUCUGAGGCACUUGCAGAUGAAGCGAUGAGGGUGUUUGGAAAUGAAGUCAAUAUAACAACUGAAGGUCAGUGCCAUCUAGGAGCAGUCAUUGCGUCGCAAGAAUAAAAAGAUCAGUAUUGUGAGGAGAAAACUCGCAUAUGGAAAGAGGAAAUCGAACGGCUCUCCGAAAUUGCAAAGAGUCAGCCUCACACAGCGUACAUUGCCUUCACAAAAGGGUGCAAGUCAAAGUUCAGCUACUUCAUGCGCUAUAUAGAUUCGUUUGCGGAUUACGUCGAUCCAAUCCAGGAGGCGAUUGACGACCUACUUCUUCCAACUUUGUUCGGUCAAUCAGAGCCUCUCCCUAACGAGGUGCGUCUACUUGUCGCCUUAACAACGGCUCCAGGGGUCUGGGCAUGCCAGAUUUGAGAGCUGAGGCGCCACAACAGUUUGCUACCUCGAAGUCAAUAACUACUGCGCACGUAGAUUCUAUCACAUCGCAGAGUACAUUUAUGGCGCCAGGCGAAAGCUCUACGGAGGAGCUUAAGAAACAUCAUCAGUCACUUAAGAGGGCGCGCGACAAAGAGAAAAUGGAAAACAUUGACUCAUCUCUUUCCCCAGACCUGCUGCAACUAGUUAAUCAAUCGAGAGACAAAAGCGCAAGUUCUUGGUUAAAUGCGAUGCCUCUUGCAGAUCAGGGCUUAGCCCUUAAUAAGCAGGAGUUCAGAGACUCACUACGCAUACGGUAUAAUUUGCCUCUAGUCGAUCUACCAGGUCUAUGUGUGUGUGGGGUUAAAUUUACUGUAGGCCAUACCCUCUCAUGUAAAAAAGGGGGGCUUUAUAGCGCAGAGACAUGAUGGUGUCCGUGAUUUCUUAACGGCAUUCAUCAAUAAGGUCUGCAACAAUGUGGAAAUUGAACCACGCCUUCAACCCCUCGACAACGAACGGCUAUAUUUGAGAAGUGCCGUCACAAGCUCUGAGGCAAGAUUAGAUAUCAGGGCGGGAGGUUUCUGGUCAAGAGGAGUUACGGUAUUUUUUGAUGUUAGAGUUACGCACGUUAACUUCAAGUGUUACCAGAACAAGACAACAUCUGAAGUAUUCAAGGAGCAAGAGGACGAGAAGAAACGCAAGUACCAGCAGCGGGUGCUAGUUGUAGAGAUGGGUUCAUUCAGAUCUUAUGUAUUUGGAACCAAUGGCGGAAUGGGAAAUGAGUGUCAGCGUUUUCUGAAGCAUCUUGCAGAUAAGAUAGCU